AUGGAGAAACCAAAGGUGGUCUCAGAUCCCACGGAGAAACCAAAAGCGGUCUUAGAUCUGACGGAGAGCCCAAAAGCGAUUCUAGAUGCGCCGCAUCGUUUCGUCUACAGAGACUGGGUGAUCGACAUCGCUAUCCCACCAAUCCGCACUGACAUCCCUGAAGCAAUUGCACUACAGGAGUAUUCUGACGAGUGCACGAACAGAAUGCUGGGUAUUGUUGGUGCUCGCCUCGGCAAAGGCCGCUGCUUCUACAGCUUCCUCGCAGAGGGAACGGGUGAGACAAAACGUCGCGGUCAGAUCGAGGUCACUCAUCUCUAUGCAUUCCAUCAGGUCAAACACUGGCCUGGAGCAAGCGAACAGAUGGAUUGGACGUCGUUUGUCAUGGCAAAAAUAGAGUACGACAAUUUGCGCAAUUUGCCGAGACAGCAUGAAUCAAGCGAAAACAUAAUGCUUCCUGUCUUACCUGUCACCACGGUCUCUAUAUUAAAGGAAGUGAUAAAUGCCCAGGAUCAAGACCUGUUAAGAAUCUGUGCAGUAACGGGGACGUUAGUCAGUCAUAUCGUUGCAGGAGAGGUCUGUCUCUACGCCAUAGGACCCCGAGUUCCGGCAUUCCGUACUGAUCCUGCUACUCCUCCAAAGACACCCAAGCAGCCGUUGGUCCCAUCACAGAUCCUACCCCAGAACGCGACUGCGAACGCACUAGUGGCUCCAAGCCGUGCUGGUCCAUCACAACAAAACACCAUUGUCGACCAAGGAAUACCAAUCGACCCUUUGAUUAUCGCAGCGUCAGCCGCUCUGAAGCGAGACACCCCCCAAGCACUGCAUGUUUUCGGCAACUUGACAAUCCAACAGAUUGUGGAGAGCGAAAAGAGUAUGCGUCAGUUCACCUAUCUCCAUCGCAGAUGGUUGUCUGCAGCAUACUGGGUACUGUUGGAAGCCAUGACCCGUCAUAUGUUCCGGCUCAUAGUGAUGAACGACGCAUCUAUCAUAGAAUGCGAUCGCCAAGCACGGUACCAUAUGCAAACACAAGCGAAACACAAUCUGCAACAAUGGCUUGAGAAACAUCCCGAACUCUCCCUCCCUAAGUCUGAGAUGGUCGGCAGUUGGCAAGCGAAACAGCUCAAGUCGUUGCUGUUGGUCGUCAUUUACCACAAGCCCAUCCCACCGACCUUCCCAGCGGAGAAGCAGCCACGUGAGGUCAGAAAGCGCUAUGUGAGCGCAAUGGCGCGACAGCGUCACAUACUCGCCACCUGGAUCGCCACAGCCCGGGAUAUCGUCAAUUUCCGUAGAGGUCGUCGAUACCGCAACGACAAAGACAUGGUCAUGGAUAUGUGGACCGGCGUGGUUUGGUAUAGGAGCAGCCCCGGGUGGGAGAUAAAGCGACCUCUUAUGAGCCCAGAGGCUGUUCUCAAUCUGGAGACGCAACCCAUUGUGGCACUAACCGACGAUUCUGCUCGUAUGGUAACCAACAUGCUUUCUCGGUUGGGCAACACGGACGACCUUGCGUCAGUGGUAGCGGAAUUGAAUUCGCUGAUGGCAAACACCGCCACAGCAGGUAUGCUGCCUCCUCCAAUGACGACUAUGAACAACAAUGCUGGCCCAGGAACAAAUGUGUUUAUGGCAGCAGGGAAUCAACCUCAACUUGCAACUGGAAUGGGGAUUGACAAGGGAAAGGGCAAGGCUGUCAAUACUUCUGCUAAGACUAAGUUGAGCAACCAAUGUGCAAUCGCAGACAACGACCCCACUGCUGCGAUGAAGUGGAUCAUGGACAUGCCAAUGCAGAAGGUAGCCCUGGAAGAUGCAGACAUACCGCCCUUAGAAUUUGACCAACCAGACCUGCAGCUUCCUCGUGGUUUCGGACUGGACGAGCAGAUGUCAGUUGUCAAUGCCGCCGGGCUGGCUGCGAGGGCUUAG